GCGGCGCUUGCGCGUGCGCAUGCGCAGCCGAAGCGGAGCCCGAACGGAAUUUGAGCUGUGUCGCAGCCGAGCCGAGUGGAGUGGUGUCGGAGGUGGUGGGCAUGCUGUCACCCGAGGCGGAACGGGUGCUUCGGUACCUGGUGGAGGUGGAAGAGCUCGCCGAGGAGGUGCUGGCGGACAAGCGACAGAUUGUGGAUCUGGACACCAAAAGGAAUCAGAACCGGGAGGGCCUGCGGGCUCUGCAGAAGGAUCUCAGCCUCUCCGAAGAUGUGAUGGUUUGCUUCGGGAACAUGUUCAUCAGGAUGCCUCACCCUCAGACGAAGGAGAUGAUUGAGAAAGAUCAGGACCAUCUGGAUAAAGAAAUAGAGAAACUCCGCAAACAACUUAAAGUGAAGGUCAACCGCCUCUUUGAGGCCCAAGGCAAACCAGAGCUGAAGGGUUUUAACCUGAAUCCCCUCAACCAGGAUGAGCUUAAAGCUCUCAAGAUCAUUUUAAAAGGAUGAAAUUCAAGAAUGAGAUGGGGGACCUAGGACAGCAUCCCCCCUGAGGUCAUGGAGGACCCAGGACUCCAGCUUUGAAACCUGCAAGGACACGAUCCACCCUGCUAGAAGAUGGGCGUCUUUACACUUUAAGAUGUAAAGAAGAUCUGCCCCAUGAAAAGCCUUUGUCUGGGGGGAUUGGCUCUCCGUGAUGGCAGGAGGGAGCCCUCAUUCUGCCAGUGUCUGCUGGGGCUGACUGCUGGGGCUGGAUGGACACAAGGCCCAUUGAUAGGCCCUGGCAGCCACCAGUGCUGAGUGGGGGCAGCGCCUGUGGGGGUGUGAGAAUGGCCACAGCAGGCACUUUUAACAAGGGCCCCUGUUCAGAUGGGCCCCGGACGUCGGGGAGCAUCAUUCCUGCAUUCCUCUCCAGAAGAGAGGCAUUCUCAAGCAGCAUGUAGUGGAAUUGGAAUAAAGCAGGAGGCUCACAGGUGGUUUCUGAAUGAAAGGCCGAAUCAGUGUUUCGUAGUUCACCACAGCCAUCUGUGGGCCAGACGCACCACUCCCCCAGCACCGCCUCCACUUUGACCCUUUUUUCCUGCUUGCCCCCAGAAUGGAGCCCAGAGUGGGUGCUGCUUAUCAAACUCUUGCACCUGUCUUUUAGGAAGGCCUUGCAGAGUCCCGCACCAGGGACGGGUGGGGGAGCUGCCUCUUCACGAGGCCCUCUGCCACCUCUGAAGGCGGGGCCUGGGUCAGCGCCACUCAGGGUUCCGGCCUGCCUUCGCUGGUCUCAGAUCCUAAUGUGCUGUGAGGCAGCACGCUGUCUUUCAUGUCACUGAGCUUAAUAAAUGUUUCCUGGACGAAUGAA